AGCGAGUGCACAAGUGGAGCAGGAUCAGGAGAGAAGGAGAGCAGAGAAGGAGACAGAAAGAAACACACAGAGAGAGGGGUUUUUUGUGCAGUGCAGGAGCAAGUCGCUAUUUCCCAAGAAAAGGGAGGCGCAAUCUUCCAUCUUCUCAUGGGGGAUUUAAACUGCUCCAGAUUGGCUUCAGUGUGACAGAGGAUUCCCCGGCUUGUGGAGUACGGCUCUCUUCUCUAAUGUAACACGGGACUUUGUUGUGAAGCGAGAGAGGCGCACAGGAAGGAGGGAGAGGGACACUUGCUCCUACUUCCUUUGUACCCAACCUGCUUGACAGAUGGCACUGGCAGAAUGAUCUUUGACUCUCACCCAGGGACCAGUGCUCGCUUGACUCACUGAGAUUGUGUGCUUGUGGCUGCUUAACUUGGUCGUCAUCACCCUCAGCCUUGCCUGUACCUUGCAGCCCUAUCACCUCCCUCUAACCUAUAGGCAUUAACCACGUGGAGACAGCGACACACUGGGGUACAAGACAGACCUCAGCCUCCCAGCACAGGCACAAGCCAGACCAACAGUGUCUUCAUCUGCUGCAGCACCGGCAAAAUGAGCACAAAGUGAGAACAAACAACCCCCUAGCCUUAUUCACAACAUGAGCAUCAAUAUUCAAGGGCUGACAGCUGGUGCCUUCCCCCUUAGCAUUAGCAACAGCUAAGGUAACAGAUCUGGAAACUCGGACAGUAGCACAGCCAAUGUGUAAGUGAGUGUGUGUGUGUAACUUGGCCCGCCAGUCCCUGCGGGAGGACCAGCAAAGGAGUUGUGUUACACUCCCUGACAGGCCUUAUACAUGUUUCAUCUGCUGCUCUCAGAACAGAAGCCCCCUUUGUUAUCUAAUCUAGCCCUCUUCUGCCCAGUCUAAGAGACUGACUUUACUGCCACAAGACUGCUCUUCACAGUCUGUCAGCCAGCCACUGAACUGAUACAUAUCCACCAGCAGCUGAGGAGCAGCAGAAGGACUUCGUCAGGCCUAAGAUAGCUGCUAUCAGGACCUUUCAGGCAGUCUUAUAAUCCAUUGUCUGGCACACAGAGAGGACUUUAAAAUAAAGAAGAAGACCUGAAGGGGUUGUGUGAGGUCCAGCAUUGAUUGUCUAGGAUCUAAUUUGUGCCUGUUCCAAACUUUCCUGCAGCAGAAUAACCUUAAAGCUGCAAAACUGCAAUUCUUGCAACAACAGUUCUCACAAAAGAAGAGCUUCAGGCAUUGUGUUCACACAGAGAGGAGUCAUGAGCGACACCCUUAGACCUCCUUCGCUGCAGGUGAGCGUGCCAGAAGACGCUCCUGCAUACUCGGAUGGAGGAUGCUACGCCGUGUCAGAUGGCUCUGUGCAAUCCAGCUCCUCAACUCCAACUCUCCGCCGCAAGCGCUUCAAGAUGCGGCGCAUGAGGAACGUGCCCAGUGAGAGGGACAUCGAAAGAGGAAGACUGACCGCCGGUCGCCUCACAGUCAGAUCUCGCUCCAGCUCCAAGGAGUACCUCCAGUUGCCUUCCAUUGAGAUCACGCCAUCCAGUGAUGAAGACGCCCCUUCCUCCUGGUCGAGCUGCUCCACGCCCAGCGCGUCGCCCCGCCGCAAGCGUUUCCUGUUGAGGAAGUGGCUGAAGGUCAGGGAGAAGAAGGAACAAGCCAGUGAGAGCAGCAGCCAGCAGAGCAGUCAGCAAAGCAGCCAGCAGAGCAGCCAUGAAGAUGAUGGCACUCGCUUCUUGACUCCAUUAAUCCGAGAGGAGAGGUCUGACAGUGCAGCGGACAAAAUCAGCACUGCCAGUAACUCAAACAAGAGCACACCCGCCUGCUCACCAGUCCUGCGUAAACGCUCGCGCUCUCCCACACCACAGAGCCAGGAGGGUGAGAACAUGGUGGAGAAGGGUUCAGACCACUCCUCUGAUAAGUCCCCCUCCACGCCUGAGCAGGUUGUCCAGAGAACAUAUUCCCUGCAGUCAGCACGAAGCGGGGGAAAGAACUCCAAGUCUCACAAGCGACUUUCCAAAUAUGACAGACUAAACCUGAUUAAAAAGAGCCAAAGCUGGUACAACCAUGAAAGACAACACAUCCUGAGAGUGCUGAGCCCGACAUACAAACAGCGCAAUGAGGACUUUAGGAAACUCUUCAAGCAGCUCCCUGACACAGAGAGACUCAUUGUGGACUACUCCUGUGCUCUUCAGCGGGACAUCCUCCUGCAGGGACGACUCUACCUCUCUGAGAACUGGAUCUGUUUCUAUAGCAACAUCUUCCGCUGGGAAACACUGCUGACAGUGCGGCUAAAAGACAUCUGCUCGAUGACGAAAGAGAAGACCGCUCGCCUCAUUCCCAAUGCUAUCCAGGUCUGCACAGACACUGAGAAGCACUUCUUCACCUCGUUCGGAGCACGGGACAGGACGUACAUGAUGAUGUUCAGACUGUGGCAGAAUGCGCUGCUUGACAAGCCCUUGUGCCCCAAAGAACUGUGGCACUUUGUUCAUCAGUGCUAUGGCAACGAGCUCGGCCUAACCAGUGACGAUGAGGACUAUGUUCCCCCUGAUGAUGACUUCAACACCAUGGGGUUCAGUGAAGAGAUUCCCAAUGAGGAGAAUGAGAUUAACAAUGACAACUUGUCAAAGAGCAGCGCAGAGGCCAAGCCUGAGGGGAGCCCUCCUCCGAUACACAAGAAGGUCAUCCCAAACAGCACCAUCCCCAGCCCUGGCAACCAUGACACACCCAUCACAUUUGAGCUCCCAGCGGAGGAAUAUGCCGACUGCCUUCCAGACGGCGAGCUGCUGGCUGUGCCUCUGUUGGUGGAGGACAAGAACGAGACCAGCGGGCCUGGUGGUCCUGUCCCCUCACCGUCACUGGACUUCAACGACAACGAAGACAUCCCCACCGAGCUCAGUGACUCCUCAGAAACACACGAUGAAGGUGAGGUACAGGCCUUCCAUGAGGAUCUGAACGGCAGACAGUACAUCAACGAGAUCUACAAGUUCAGCGUAGACAAACUGUAUGACAUCCUCUUCACAGAGUCUCAGUUCAUGAGUGAUUUCAUGGAACAGCGGCGAUUCUCAGAUGUGGUGUACCAUCCCUGGAAGAAAGAGGAGGCUGGGAAUCAGACCAGGGAGAUCCUGUACACCAUCUCUCUAUCCAACCCCUUGGCCCCUAAAACAGCUACAGUCACUGAGACACAGACUCUGUACAAAGCCAGUCAGGAGAGCGAGUGCUACAUCAUCGACGCUGAGGUCAUCACACAUGACGUGCCCUACCACGAUUACUUCUACACGCUCAACCGUUACAUGCUCACAAGGGUGGCCAAGAACAAGUGUCGGUUACGAGUAUCAACAGAGCUGCGUUACAGGAAGCAGCCAUGGGGCCUGGUGAAAGGUUUCAUAGAGAAGAACUUCUGGAGUGGACUAGAAGAGAACUUCCGUCAUCUCGAGCUGGAGUUGUCCAAGCUGGAGGAAAUACUGACUGAGUCCCACCAGCUGUCUCCAAAGGCCAAGGUGGUGAAGAACUCCUCCGUGAGGCGAAAGAAGAGGCCGCUGCCCCACAUGCGCAGCCAGCAUCUGGACGAGGCCCUCAGCCCCGUUACCACGCCGACCGACGAGGAGGUGAUUCAGAGGAUCAAACAAGUGGCGGGCUCCACGCAGACCAGACACCAGAGUCCAGAACACCACCACCACCUGCCCGGAGGCAUGGCUCUGUACAGCGUCUCCAAACUGCUGCUCAUCAUCAGCUUUGUUCUCAUCCUGCUGGUGUUCCUCAACAUGAUGCUUUUCUAUAAGCUGUGGAUGCUGGAGUACUCUGCACAGUCUUUAACAACCUGGCAAGGUCUGCGGCUUCAUGAAAGUAAACUGCCUCAGACGCAGAUGGAGUGGGCCCAGCUCCUGGAGGCGCAGCAGCGUUACCAUGACGCCGAGCUGCAGAAGUGGAGGGAGAUUAUCAAGUCGUCGGUAGUGCUGCUAGACCAGAUGAAAGACUCUUUAUUGAACCUCCAGCGAGGCAUUGGUUUAAGGGACUACAGCUCAGAGACUGAGGAGAAGAGAAGUCGCUAUCACUGACACACCACCAUAAGGCCAUGAGGGCAUGCUGUGCAAUAUAGGACCUGUUUUGUUUGUGAACCAGUUUGCAGGCAGCAGCAGGAAAGAGGGAGGACAGAGGGGGAGGUGGGGCCAGCGGUGAGCGGGUCCAAAGACUACAAAGAGAGGAACAGUCGUCUCCAGCGCACACAAGUUUUAAAAAACCCCCGGAGGAGGAAAUCACGGAUAGAAAAGUGCCCCAAACGCACACAGGAACUGACGCAUCCCCAACAUCACUGAGGCAUUGUGGGAAGGUGUGAGGCUUGCCCCUUCUUUUCACCUGUGGGAUAACUGUUUCCUUCUACUCUCUUUAUUUCCAAGUGCAUCCUACUGUAAGCCAUGUCAACCAGGAGAGUGGCAGAGAGAAAGAAGGAAAACUACUGCAUGCAUUUAGACAACCUAGCUCCCCUCAGUCAGUGUUAGUGUGGUCCAGUUCCAGUCUAUGUGUGUUAAAAAAAAGAAGAACAGAAGAAGAGGAGAGAUUGAGUCAAACGCAGGGGGGGGGUUCCUUUCGAGUCUUACUGGCUUUUUACACUCUCUCGACUGUUCCAACCAAUCAUCCCCGAGAGGCCCUCGCUGCAGCGUCCCUUAUAAUGAACCUCCAGGUGAUCAGAGGACAGUUUGGUUCCACAGAAGAAACAUUGUAGCUGGGAGAUCAGCUUCUCUGAUCCGUCCCUCUUGCCUUGUUUCAGUCUGGCCUGUAUUGUUCCUGUCAGGGCUGGUUCCCUGUCGGACCGUCGUGUUGAAUGGUUUCAAAGUAGAAUCUAAAGACUGAUAAGACCUCAGCCCGUCUCUUUAACAUUAGACACAGCUCCCAUGACCACAUGCUCCUGCCACAGUGUUCGCUACCUUACGUUGCAUUAUUUCUCAUCCUUCUGAUGAAGUCGAAUGUAUUAGUCUGGAAAAAAAGGCUGGACUUUGAUCACAACUUAUUAAUCUUCGAAGCGGGGACGCUGCAGCCAGACCCGUUGGGAGACCUGUAUUCUUACAUGUUUUAUUACUAAACUGUGAUUAUAUCUCUUUAAAGAUGUUUCAAAUUGGAAAGAAUUCUAUGAAUAUAUUUGAAAUAUAUAAGAAUAUUUCAUUAUUUAAUAUAUAUAUAUUUCAAAAUAUAUAAACAUUACCUAUAUUUAUUGUUAAUUUAUGUACAUACAGAAAUUAUCAGAGCUCUAGACCAGUUAAAGAAUUUCUAACAAAAAGUGUUUUCUUCUAAAAAUGCAUGCCAGAUAUGUCUGUGACAUGUCCAGUGUGCAAGUAUGAUUCUGCAUUCGCGCGAUUAUAUUCGCGCAUGUGUGUGUGAGUGUGUGUGUGUGUGUGUGUGUGUGUGAGAGUGAGAGUGAGUGAGUGUGUGCGUGUGAGCACACGUGUGUGCUGGAAAGUGACAUUUUUACCAUUCCACACAUGUAUGUUUCAUAUGUUUUUCUUUCUUUUCUGGCUUCUGCAGCCAGACUGCCUUUUUUAAAAUGCUAAUGCGUUUGGAUGCCGCCUUGCAUUAGUCCCACCAGGGUACAGUUUACAGUCGAAGAGUUUUGUUCCAAAAUGAUGUAUCCAACAUUUGAAAACAAAGUUCCAGCUUCUACUUUUACUCAGUAAUUGAUUGCUUAAAUGAAUGUCACACACUUGACUCAUCCUUAGUAGAUCCAAUCCAUGUGAGGAAGACGAGAGAUCAUCAGACUGCAUACUGAACAGGGUGAUGUUUCUCUUGUAAAUGGAUAUAUAACAUUUUGGAGGUGAACCCUUCAUCUGCCCUCUGUGAGCAAAUCUUCUGUUCAUGUCACCAUUAGUGGCUUGACCGGUAUUUGCUACAAAAGGAACAGAUUGACCUUUUGAGAAAUCCGCUUGUUUGCUUUCUUACUGAAAGUUAGGUGAGAAGAUUGACACCACUUUUAUGUUUUUACUUUAAACGCAAAGCUGCAGCCAACAAGCUGUUCUAUGUGGUCUUAACGUUGAGCUCACAUCUCCUGGCCAGCAGCCACUUAGCUUAUCAUAGCAGGAGGACAAGAAACUGAGGGCAACUUGUUUCCAUAUUUCUCUAAAUUUAACUUUAGCUUCAUGAUUAGCAUGCAGAUAUGAGAGUGAUCUUUUCAGCUAGAUCACAGCAAAAGCAAAUGAGCUCAUAUCUCAAAACAUCAAUCACUUCCUUUAAAAACAUCUACUUCAACCCAAAUGAUCAUUUCCCUUUCCACAUUUCAAGUGUCUGUCUUGGAUGCAAUGAAAGCAUGAGAAUUACCUUAACUAAAUUGAACCAAAAGAAAGAAGUAGAAAUGUACCUUCACAAAUGAUCAUGUUGUUUUAAAUGAAGUAUUUAUCAUGUAUGUCAUGUAUUAUAUAUAUACUGGAUUAGGUGCAGUAAAGAGCAUCUCUUAAGAGUUUGUCAGCUGAGGUCCCUUACAGCUGACAGACUUCAGCAACAGAAGCACUUCCAAAACAAGAAAAAAAAACUUCUUUGUGUAAUAAUAAAAGAAGAAAGUGAAGCACUUUAAAGCCUUUUGAGGUAACGAAUGAAAGAAGGAAAGAAAGAAAAGUGGCAGCAGUUUAGUUUGGAGGUGAAUGCAGGGCUGAGGAAAUAGUUUUCAUUUUUAGAUAUAUUUUAGAAUUGAACAGCCACAUUGUUGAUUUUUCUCAGUUGAAUCUGGUUACUAUUCAAAAAAAAACAAACUGCGUCACUUUUGCCCAAAUACAACUGAGAUAAAUGUGAAUCUUCCACAACACAUCCCAAACAAAGCAGCUCUGAACUGAGACUGACACACUCUCUUGUCUGUUUUGUGGACGAGGCAGGAACGAGUGAUUUUUAUGAGGGAAAAGGUAUCUUUACUGUGUGCCUGCAUGGCGUGUUACUGACUGACAUAUUGUAAACAGCAGGAGAGCUUCCUGACUGGAUCCCUGCUGUGUGUGCGCACAUAUACUACAUUUGAAGAAGGCACUGAGUAACGAUAGCACACGGAAACCUUAAGACCUGAAUGUGAGUGGUUAGCAAUGUUUUCUGAAGUUAGGCUUCAUGUAUACGACGAUGCAGGAAUGUCAUCUGUAUGAAAAUGUGACUGAAAUGCUUUAAUGGUUUGAUUUAAGUGGAUUUUUUUUCUUUUUUUUCUUCAGAAAUGACAAACAUCCUCCAAGUGUUUUGAAGGAAAUGUGGUAAAUGCUUGAUUGAGGCAGUUUUUCUGGCACUGACGUUAUUAUUUUCACUGUCAAGACUAAGGGAAGCAGUUAAUGAUGACCGGCUAAUCUUUAUCUUCUGUAAAAACACACUCCUUUCUCCAAAUUAGAUGCUCAUUCAGGCUUAAAAGGAUGCAGCACACCUGAUUUUAUUUUCACAAAGCUCCACAAUUAUACAAAUUUGGUUUACGUUUUUAACCUUCAGUUCAUGUUUCUCAUUCUGGCCAACACAUUUGACGUAAACAAACUGAACUCCUGUUGUUUUUUUUUCUUUUUGUUCCCUUUCAGUCUUUCUUUUCUAGCGUGCACUCACACAGUUAAUCUGUGUCACAUGAAUGAUUGUAUGAUUGCUAUCGCUGCACAGCUGUAGAACCGAGGCCACCAGAGAGUUUAGGACGCCACCGUUCUUUGUCGCUCACAGCUGAUGGGUUGCGUUGGCUGUGUCCAUCGGUGUCACAGAGCAGCGCCGCCCAUGCAGCCCCGUACUAACCAGCAGCCUUGGUUAACGCACGAUAGGACUCACACACAACCUCCUGAAAACAACCGCUGAUCAAACUCAUAGCAAAUGCUCUUCUUCAAGUGUGUCUUGAUUAAACAAAAUGUACUGCUGUAGUUCUGUUCAACAACAAUUCUACUGUAUGUUUUUUUUGUUGUUUUUUUUUUUAGAAAAUGAUUUGAUCUCUAGACUUAUAGUGAAAUUUAUACAUGAGAUAAAUAUACUGUAAGCAUAUGUUGUGUAUAUCUGCAGUGUGCACACACACACACACUGACAAAAGAACCCAGCCUGCGCUGCGCGUAGGUGUUGACUUGCCGAUGACUUUGCCUCAUAGAGACUGAAGAUAAAAGUGGCUUUCUGGUUCAUGUGAAGUAGAGAUUGGAAGUAUGAAUAAAACAAAAAAAUAAUACUAAACAAA